CAGCCAAUCAGGAAGAGGCUGAGAGACUGAGCGAGGUGACGAAGGGCUGGUGUGUUAAGGUCGCAUUGUGUACAGUGGGGUUUUUGGAUAUUGGAUAUUUUUGGGAAGUCAGUGUUUUGGGGGCUGAAAACGCAAGGAUCUGGGUGGUUCACACGUGAUAUGGUUUGAGUACACGUUUUGUGUUUGUGGCUGCAGGUUUGUGAAGUUGUGGUUAGAAAAGGAUCAAUGAGGAAUAGUGGACGACCUUAAAAGCAGCUUUCGCUCUUCGCCAAGUUAAUGUCAAGCAUACAGGCGCAAUAAUGCAGCCCGGGGUCUGCUGCUGGGAAGCCUAGUGGAUCAUCUGCUGACCUGCUGUUUCUGUUUCUGUCUGUCCCUCUCUCUCUCUCUCUCUCUCCCCAUCUAUCUAUCUAUACACACACACACACACCUCACUCUCUUUCUCCUGCGUCUUUAUUGUAGUUACAUUUCCAGCCCUGCGAUGCACCGCGCACUUUAACUACACCCGCACAGAAGUGUGUGUGUGUGAGAGAGAGUGUGUGUGUGUGUGGGUGGGUGGCGGCGCUGCGCGUGCAGGUCAGUGAUGUUUACGUUUUCAUAGCACGAGCGGUGGAGACACGGAGCGCGCGCGCAGCGAGGCUACGGACGCACGGACAGAGAGUCUCUCUCUCUCUCUAUCGCUCUCUCUCUCUCUCUCUCUCACACACACACACACACACACACGUACUCCGCGAGGCGGCGCGUAACCGACUCCGACACCGACACCAGCACCGAGACGCAAAGCGCGCGCCUGUUCUUGUUCUUGUUCUUGUUGUUGUUGUUGUCCUCCCGAGCUUUCGAGGAACGUGCGUGACGUUUGGUUCGCGCCAUUUGCAGCACGAGGAGCGUUUCCGGUUUGGGGACGCGUUCGGCUGAGACGCGCGCGCAUCAUGUACCCGCACGGAAGACCGCAGGCUCCGUUGGUGCCAGGCCACGCGGGCAUGAAGUUCACCGUUCUGGAGACGUUGGACCAUAUCAAAGAGGAGUUCCAGCUCUUCCAGGCCCAGUACCACAGUCUGAAGUUGGAGUGUGAGAAAUUGGCCACGGAGAAGACGGAGAUGCACCGGCAUUACAUCAUGUACUAUGAGAUGUCGUAUGGACUGAAUAUUGAGAUGCAGAAGCAGGCGGAGAUUGUGAAGCGGCUCAGUGCUAUAUGCACUCAGAUUAUCCCUCUCCUGUCCCAAGAGCAUCAGCACCAGGUGGCCCAGGCAGUUGAGAGAUCCAAGCAUGUGAGCAUGGCUGACCUCAAUGCUAUCAUAGGGCAACAGCAGCUCCAGCACCUGUCCCAUCAUGCUCCAGGCUUCCCCCUGACACAUCACCAGUCAGGCUUGUCUCUCGGAGCAGGAGUCGGUCUCAUGGCCCUCCCGGGGGCUUUCCCCUUCCCGCCACAUCUGGUGCCUAAAGAUGACGUCACUCACCCCGAAUCUGUGGAUCCCAGAGAUGGUGCUCCAAACAGGAGUUUUUCAGACUCAGCUGCAGUGAGUCAGUCUGUGGGUCAGAGGCUGCCUCUGCCGCUAGGUUGUCCACCCGAGUCUGCGACAGACAGCAAGAGAAGCAGUGCAGAAGGAAAACCUCGAGUUCCCACACCCCGAGACAGAGAAGUGGAAAAAAAUGAGGACAGUUUGAAACGGGACAGCACUAAAGAGAGUGUGUCUCCAGCAGGAGGGUCUCCCAGGUCUGCUGAUGGGAAUGGCAUGGACAGCCGAAACUCCUCCAGAGAUGCCCGAUCACCUUCAUCUGGCUUCCCGCACACACACACACCCAACCAGCACAAGAGUCCCCCGCAGGAGAAAGCACGCUCUCGUUCUCCAUCUCCGUCACGUGACGCUCCAUCUCCUGCGCCUCCUCCUCCUCCUCCUGCUUGUCCUCUGUCCUCCCCAGCAUGCGCUCCCUCUCCUCCUGUCCAGCACUAGGACCCACUCCGCUUCAUGGAGUGAGACGGGUGGGAGAUGAAGUGGCCCUCCCUCACCCACCCACCCACCAAACCCAGCACACACUGGCUCCGUCCCAUAGUGCAACGGGGUCAAGGACCAGGUGCCUUGCAAGGGAUGUGCAUUUAUCCACCAAGUCUUGGAGCUGAACACAAUCUGCAUCCACUACACUGCAGGGCCAUGUCAGAGGCACAGCUUAACACGCCAAUCAAUCAGCUGUUCUAGUGAUUGACAGGUCUAUCAGCCAAUCAGGCAGCUGGAGGGCUGUGGCAAAGCUGAGCAUUUUGCAGUAAGCAAGUGAGAGCAAGUCCUGUUGACCCUUGAUGACCAUGGGAAACUUCAAACCUACCAAACUAAGACACAGAAAUAGACUGAGACCCUUUAACAACUCCUGUGUAAACGCCAACCUUUAAGACUGCUGUGUAGCUGAACUGGAUCGUCGUUGCUGAAGAAGGUGACUUUAUAUUGUCUUUUAUACACUCACUUUAUGCACUGGGAACUUGUCAUUUUUUGCAUUCCUCAUAGCAACACGUGCAUGAGUACAUAAACAUCUACUGGUGGAUAUAGCUGAGAUGACUGGAGAUGCUUGGAGGACACAGUGACUGUUCAGGUUAAUCCAUUUUAGGCACCCUAAAGAGACUGUAAAGAGACUGUAAUUUUAUAUUAGUUUGUAUUAUUUUUUUUUUUGAGUCAUUUUUGCUAACAUCAGAAAGCACUCAUACAUGCUAAUUCAUCUAUCGCUGUUGCCCAAGCCACUCUGUACUUUUACUCACUCUAUAACCGGUAAUGUUUACGAUUUCAAGCUGUACUUUAGAUCCUUCAGCUGGUCAACUGGAGCCUCUUCUACAGCAGCCAGGAUCAUCAAAUGCCCCAAACCCUCUUUUUAAUUUUUUUUUUUAAAUUUACAUUAAAAUUAUAUAGGAUCUGUAAUAAAGGGGGUAAUGUUCUGAAUGCUGUCCUGCCAUCAAGAACUUAUGAAAUGUAUAACUACAUGUAGGGGUACUCUAUCACGUUGGAGAUGUGUGUGUGUGUGUGUGUGUUAGUGUGUGACAUUAUUAGAGUAUGUCCGCAGAGCAAAAACACACACACCUGUGAACAGCCAGUAGGACUGCCAUCGUUUGCUCCUGGACUAUAAAAUAUGAGAUUCAGAAAGAAAGAAAAAAACAGCGAGCAGUGAGAAUGUAAUCGAGGGGGAAUUGGUGCCGGGAAUCUGGAUGCACAUCUACAGGAAGUCCCAAAAAUCUGCAUACAUCGGGGAAUUUAACACUUUUAGCAAAAUGUAACUUUAUUUACAAACCAUCCUCUACGUUCAAUUCAAUUUUAUUUGUAAAGCGCUUUUAACAAUGGACAUUAAACCAAAUAAAUCGGAAAUAUGUGAAUUUAUCCCUAAUGAGCAAGCCGGAGGCGACGGUGGUGAGGAAAAACUCCCUGAGACGAUAUGAGGAAGAAACCUCAAGGUUCAAGGUUCUUUAUUUGUCACAUACAUUACAUACAUGUGAUGUAUUAAUGUAGUGAAAUGUUUUUCCUUAGUGCCUCGUCCCACAGUGCAACAGUGAUACAUAAUAAACCAGAAUAUAAUAAAAGCAGAAUAGAAUAGAAUCUGUUAGACAAAAUAUACAUGUUAUAUGUAAAAAUAUGUAAAAUUAGAACCUUGAGAGGAUCCAGACCCAAAAGGGAACCCAUCUCAUCUGGAUAGUGCAGUUAUAAAUAAAUCCCUUCUAUAACUGUGUACUAUAUGGACAAAUAGUGUAAUUGUGCAACCAGUAAAUUCAUUAUAGUUUUCACAAGAAGUCUGGUUUGUUAAACCUAUCCACUGUCCACUGAGUACAAAGCUGCCCUUGGCAACCGCAACCCCAAAAGCAACCACAGCAAUCUACAUGAUUUCCAUUUCUUUGUAAACACACACAGAGUCGUCUCUCCCGCUCAUGAUGAACUCGUGUUAACGCUUCUGGUGUUAUGCAUGUAACUGCACGUCCAUCGCAACCUUGUGACAGCAUUCUUAAAGGCUAUCUGAAAAAAAUGUAAUAUAAACUAACUAUGAAACAUUUUGGAAGACAUUUUGCUAAAAGUGUUAAUUUCCCCUAUGUAUGGAGACUUUUGAGAAACGCUGUAUAUUGGCAUUUCAUAUUUUAAACAACCAUCUCCAUCCAACAUUUUGUGUAAAAACAUAUUGUACAUCAGUAGUUUUGAUCAGUACUUGUUUUUCAGUCUUACUUGAACAAAUAUGUAAAGACAGAGAUCUACUUUUAUUGCAUUACAUUUGUUUUUCCCACCACAUGGUUUUUGUGGCAUAAGCAGGAGGUUUAUGAAGUGAUAUUUUAUACCCUAGAUAGAGAUGAAAUGCAAGUCUAAUGUUAUUUUUAAAUUAAAACUUCCAUCAAUGUAAUGUAAUAAUUAUCCACUGAAAUUUGAUUCCCAUAUACCCAGAUUUUUUUUUCUUUCAGUUUUUCUAUAUGGUGUUUACUAAACACUCUCCCAAACAGUAUUUGCUCUGUGAAAAUUUGGCCCCAGGUUAAAUCGAAUUGAUGACCCUAUAGAAAGCAUGGCGUCUAAGAUAUAUUACACUACUGUAGGGAUAAACAAAAUUGUUUAUUGAACAUUAGUUGACAUUUUUCAUUCAGUUGCUGGGCUUUUUGGAGGCAAUAUAUCACUGAGUGUAAAGAUUCAUGUCUGCGCACCAGUCUCUGUAUUUGUGAUACAGCUGAACUGAUUCAAAACAAGUUGGCAAUUGCAACUGAAUCACGUGCAUGACUCGUUUUAUUACUAUUAUUCAGAAAUAUUAAAGGAAUUUCCUUUAACAUUGUGUUUCUCUCUCUUGCGCUCUUUUAUUGUGCCUGUCAGUCUCGGUGAAGAGGUUGUGGCCUCCCAAUAAACACACUUAAAAUGUC